AUGGCUUCAGUAGGAGCAUCUGCAGUGCUGGGAGCGGAUGUGAGCGUGGACCCUGGUGCCUCCACGACUCCUUCCAUGGAACUGGCCUUUCUCCCGCCCACUGCUGGCCCCACACACCAGCCAACAUUGGAGCAGCACCUGUUGACCCUCACCACCCUGUCAUUCCCUCCUGACCAGCCCCAGGCGCUGUCAGCUUUGCCCAGGGCACCUCUGGUGGCAGGAGAUGCUGGUCAGGGCCCCAUUGGGACUGGGGCCUGUAACAUCAUAGACCAGGUCAGGUCAGAGGAGGGGCAACCACAGCCCCCUGAGACUCAGACCAUCGUCCUGCCUCAAGGCCCACUCAACAGCAGUGCUCCAGAUGCCAUCUGUGGGGGUGCUGUAUGUCCUGUACCCCUCUUCUUGGAGACCUCUGCAGUGGAGACCAUUAUUCCUGCAUUGGCUUUUGGAGGAAACCAGACCAGCCAGGGAGGCUGGUGUCCCGGCCUUCCUCCUCCAGCUCCACCAGCAGCUGCCCAGCUGGCUCCCAUCAUCCCCCCAGUGAAUGCUGGGCCAUGGCCGCAUAGGGCUUCCAGGGAGGGUGGCCUGGCCACCUCCCAGCCCAAGGACCCGCCGGAUGGUUCCUGUAACCCCAAGAUUCUUUACGAGGACUUCCGACGAUGGCAGCUCUUCAAAGCCCUGGCCCAGGGGCACCUUCCCCAGAGUCCUGAUGCGGAAGCUCUUUCCUGCUUUCUCCUGCCAGUGCUCCAGUCCCUGUCCCGCCUGAAGCCCACCAUGACGUUGGAGGAGGGAAUUGGGCAGGCCGUGCAGGAAUGGCAGAGCACAAGCAACUUUGACCGGAUGACCUACUACGACAUGGCAGCAAAGUUCAUGGAGUUUCAGGCGGAGGAGGACAUGCAGAUUAGGAAGUUGCAGUUGAUGAAGGGGGCACAGGUCCAGCCUCUUCCAGCCCCACCGAGACCUGAUCCUCAGGGUUUCCCUGCCUCAGUGGUGGGCCCGCAGCCAGUGAACACUCCCAGCACCCAGUGCGCUCACCCACUGCAGCGGCCAGGGGAGACCGAGUCACCCAAUGGCAUCCCCCCUGAGGCCGUGCAAGAGUACAUGGACACCAUGGACUAUUUGGAGGGGCUGGCGCACUCAGCCUCAGGGGAGCCAGGAGGAGAACGGAAAGAGCACACUAAGGAGUGGUAUGAGGAGGAAGGUUUCCUGAGCUACCUUGACGAGCUGUGCUCCCAGAACGACUUCGUCACCCAGUUGGAGGAAGUCAUUCACCCGCUAUUCACAGCACGAGCACUUUCCUCAGGAGCAGACAUGGAUCUCUCGGACCUGGCUGAGAAGAUGGAGCAGGAAGAAGGAGUCUCUCCUGCCCAGGACACAGAGAAUCUCCUCGGGGACGUGCCCACCAGCACUGCGGACACCUGGGCCAUCAGCAACGCUAGCAGAGACAGCCUGCUCAGCGGGGUGGCCACCCUGAGAAGGCAGCUGGAGCGCAAGCAUGCCUCCAAGCUGGAGAAGGGACAGCUGGUGGCCCUGGAACUGGAAGCCCCCAGCAGCUUUACCAGCAGAUGA